AUGCCGGGGUUCAGCCUCAAAUUGUGGGCCGUAGCGCUCUUUUCUUUCUGCUUCGCCGAGAAAGAGCAUGGGAUCGUGUACCCGAGGAUGCUUGAAAGCAGAUCAGCCACGGGAGAGAGGAUGCUGAAAAUUAACGAUGAUUUGACUUUGACUCUGCAGAAGAGUAAGGUUUUCACCGACAGUUUUCUGUUUAGCACGACGAAGGAUAACGAGCCUAUCGAUUACUACGUGAGAGCCGAAGACGCCGAACGAGACAUAUAUCACGAUCCUACCCACAUGGCUUCUGUAAAAGUCACAGACGACGAUGGAGUGGAAGUGGAAGGAAUUCUUGGACAAAGGCUUCGCGUUCAACCUUUACCCGUGGCUGCACGAAACAGUGAAGGACUCAAAGCGCACAGGCUGUAUGAAGUUGAAGCACACGAAGCACAACAUCCUUCACACGAUUACGGUACACCGAAUGAUACCAAGGACUACGUUGAAUCAAGAGCUGGACGCACAAAUUUCCCGAUGUAUGAAAUACCCAUGGAAAUCUAUCCUGAAGUAUGGGUUGUGGCGGAUAGUGAAUUUUCGAAGCAAUUUAACUUCAAAAAAGAUAAAGUAAUAUCUUACUUUGCCGUUCUUAUGAAUGCGGCAAACCUUAGGUACGCGAGCCUAGUAUAUCCCAAGGUGCAGCUCAGAAUUACUGGUAUAACCAUGAAUAAAAGUCCAAAGGAAGAACCAUACAUCGUCAAAGUGCAAGGACACGAUAAAUACCGUAAUAUUUUAUUCAAAGAAACUCUGGACCAGUUCAACACUUACAUGAAGAAAUACAGAUUGUAUAACGAAUCCGAUAUUGUGUUUUUGGUGACUGCAAAAAAUAUGUCAGAAUGGGUAAAUAACCAACUACAGUCGUGGACUGGCGGAUACGCCUACGUAGGAACAGCAUGCUCCCAAUGGAGGGUAGGAAUGUGCGAAGACCGGCCGACAAGUUAUUACGGAGCCUACGUUUUCACACAUGAGCUAGCGCAUAACCUUGGUUGCAAUCAUGACGGAGAUCCAGCCGGUAAUUGGGUAAACGGACACAUCGGAUCUGCAGACUGCCCUUGGAAGGAAGGAUACCUGAUGAGUUACGAGAUGAAAGACGAGCGCCAAUAUGCAUUUUCUUACUGCUGCCAAAGAGAAAUCAGGAACCUUUACAACCGUCCGGAGUUUACGUGCUUGAGAGAACGAAAUCUGAGAGCCACAAUACGGCGCUCGAGCAAGCUUCCUGGCAGGAAGACAUCCCUGUCAAACUACUGCAGGAGGGUGUAUAUGUAUGAGCCUGGCAUGAAAGCUAACAUGUCGUACGGUAUUAAGGGUGUUCAAAACUGCGAGGUACACUGCAUCGGGAAAAAUAACUGGUGGAGACUCGCUGUAGUCGAUGGUACACCUUGCACAAAAGACAAAAAGAAAGCUUGUAUUCUGGGUGAAUGCGUAGACAAGAUGGUAAUAAGCAAAGAAGAAUAAAAGAGGAUCU